CUCACUACUCACGCGAUAUUUCUCUUCUGCCUGAUCCAUCAGUUUUUGUCUCAUACUUUUAGGGUCUCCACAUAUUUCCACUUUCCUUUAAGUUGGAAAAUUUCUACGCGAAAAUUGAGCAGUAAAAUUACUAUGAGCUGUUCAAUUUUAACGUCCAGCUCGUGAAGGCAUCUUGGGCGCUAUAUCCGCGACAUCAUGUAAGUCUUAACCUCUUUGUAGACUUUGUACUUUUUUCAGAAUAAUCAAGGUCUCUGUUUUCAUCUGAACACACUUCGCACCAAUAUUAUCACCUUUACAGUAUUUGAAAUGCGUUCGAAUGAAAUGCAGUAAUAACAAAAUGGAGCAAAAAAGACUGAGCUGUGCUAAAUCGCUUUGUUGAACUACAAGUCGCGUGAUUCUGGGUAAAUUCCAAUUUAUGUAUUUCCUACGUCAUUUACCUAUCAAGUCUCGUAAUCAAAUCCUCAAAUCAACAUGAUUCUAUUUACCCACAACUUUGCCAAUCACGAUCAAUAAAAACACAGGAAGUAGGUAUCGCAUAACACAAAGCUAACAUUGUAAAAAGUAGUUUUCCGCGCCACUUUUUAGUUCUUUCCUGUAAGGGUCGCGGUUGGUUUUCUCAAUCAGUAAUCGCCGCGGUGUAGAGGUUUGUUAUCGAUUUUUUUAUCUUCUUAGUGUUUAAGGCCUUUCAAACAAAGUGAAGAUCAAUUUUUGUGAGUAUUAUGUUUCUUGGUCGCACUCAAUUCUCCGUCCGAAACAGUGAUUUAUCUCAGGAGUAGCUCAUUUGAGAGAGCCGCACUCAGCUACUUAUAAACCCCAGCCAAUUCAUUUCGAUUUCGUCCAAAGCGAUAGUCCUCUCGCUCACAUCCGUAUUUUCUCUCGAAUUUUGAUUUCUUCUUUACGAUUUUAUAAUUUACUUCAAGUGAAACUGAGGAAUUUGCUAACAGGUCGAACUCCCCAUGAAGGAAGUCGUGAAGGUUUUGGCGAUGGCGUCGUAUCUUGACCUUGCCGUUUAAUCAGAUCUCAAUUUCUUCUUCUGAACACACAGCACCAAUUGUCUUUAAACAGAUCUAGAUGUAAUAGCAUGAACUCUAGAUGGAUGUACUCUAAAUUGGUUUAGUACUUGUAAAUUAAAUCGUGUGUGGUUCUAGGAAGUCCUUAUAGUCAACACAAUUCCCCUCUACGGGGAAUGCCGAAUCUUCUUCAACCAUAAUCAGUUGUUUCUUUUAUAGCAGAAUCACGUUACUUGACUCCUAGGAAGGCCCAGCUCUGAGCUUCGUUUUCUCUGACGACUUCCUUGUUUUGCAUUUUUCUACUUUUAUUUUUAGCCAUUUAGAGCUCGUUUGUUUUGAGUGCCGGGGUUGUUUUUAAGCUGUGUAUUCGUGCGAUCUCUUGCAAGAGAACUGUAAGAGGAUUGGUUUUAAAAGGGAAGCUGCAACGCGCUUAUUGUUGUUCCACCUGACACUAAGAGGAUCAAAUCUCCCGAUUUUCAAAUUGUGGUCAUUUCACAUGAUUUUUAAUUCAAAGAUAAAAAGUUAUUCAUCUUAUCUCAACUCCGCCUUCCACACCUGACACACCUUAGAGACGCGCGUACCUAGUACAGACAUUACAACUUCCUAUAAACAGGCUUCGUAAAAUUUCAACAGCUGAAACCGCGGUGUUCCUCUCUUCUUUUUAGUUUUAUUUUGUAAUCAUCUGCACUUGGAAAGAGGUUUGUAAUUUUACAUUACACAUUCUUACUAGGUUUUUAAUCACAGAAGAUCAUUUAACCAGACCAGGGCUUCUCUAAAGUCAUGUCAGACUGCCACUGAUUUCGACGUCAUAUGAUCUCGUUAUAAGCUUGCUUUCCACUUGGUUAGUGUAAAAGACCAAAGGGUGUUUUUCUGUUGUACAGUAACCAGACAGCCAGUAUCUAGAAGCCGGUAUAAAAUAAGGUAUGUUUUUCCAUUCCUCUGCAGUCAUGUCUUCUGAAAACUGGGCGGAUCUUUCAGAUCUUUAAAAAUUGACUCUUAAGGUAAAAUAGUUUAAUUGUAAAGAUCAGAGUAGUUAACAAACUGAACUGUUAACUCGAUCUGGUCAGUAUAAAACUUUUUGAAGUAAAACGGGGCUGACGCUUUAUGUAAAUAGAAUCAUUUGUUUGUAACCCCGGUCUUUUAUCGGCACACUGUUACAGUUACGUGUUGUCAGUCAAAGCUAAAAUCUAUUCCUAAUUUUCUUCUCUUUUUUCAAUUUCUUUUUGAUUUGCUGGGAGAUUUAAUUUUUCGCUCAGCUUCGAACUUUGUUGAGAGAAGAAUCCGGUCCACAAUAUGUGACAGCUUAAUUGUUUUUGAGUCAUUUAUGAGUUCGUGACACGAUGGAGGGCUUAAAAUUAACUUUGUGCAAUUGUUACUUUUAUAGUCUGAGUAUAAGUAUCCCAAAAUACAAAUAUUGAACCUCAAUAAUGAUAAGUAAUAAGUACCCUAUUUUAAACUAUGGUCAGCAUUUGAUGUCCUUAAGCAGACUUUAAAUAGUUUUUGUGUAAUCUGUUUUUAUAGUCAGAGUGUUGUGUGCGCAAAAUACAAUUCAAAUAGACCUCAAAACAGUGUUUAAGUACCCCAUUUAAAAGUAUAUAAAAUGUGGUCAGUUAAGUUAAGGUCUUAAAACAUAUUUCAAAUAGUCUAUUUGAACUCUGUUUGUAACUUUGUGAGUGGAUGCGUCUCAAAAUACAUUUUAGAUACAACUCAAAACAAAGUAUUUAAUUAACUGCAGUCGCAUUUAAGCUUUUAAAACAUAUUUCAAAUAGUCUAUUUUAACUCUGUUUGUAACAGUGUUAGUGGUUCUAUGCCCUAAAUACAUUUUAAAUACGCUAUUUUAAUCAUAUUUAUUAAACAAAAUACAUUUUGAAUUGAUGAGAGAGGUUUUCCUUUUGAUAAAAUAUAAUUUAACUACACCUAAGAUAUAUUUCAAACAGGGGCAAAAAGUUAAAUUUUUUUGUCAAAUAGGAUUAAAAUACAGGAAAAUAGUGUUCAAACACUGAAAACACAUUUUAAAUACUUUAAAAUCAGUUUCAAAAUACAUGUGGUUUGGUAAGGGUUACAGGAGUACAGUAUGUUGCCCAGUAUCCGGACACUUCAGUUUAACAUUGCAAUAACUUUCCUUUAUUGAUCGCAAGAGCUCUGAAAUUUGGCCCAGAGAAAAUCUAUUUAGUCCUUACUAUGACAAAAGACAGUUUAACUUUUUUGCCUCUGGUUCCAUCGCGAAAUUAAUAUUUUUGCAGAGCUCCUAUGUUGCCCAGUAUCCGGACACAACAAUAACAACGUAAUUGUACAUAAAUUUCGACAGGCAAGCGACUUAUAAGCUUCUCUUGCACUUGCUAAGUAGUCUCGCAAUCGAUUCCAAAAAUAUAACCUAGCUUCGUGAAAUAAAACAACAAAUGACUAGGGUAUGGUGGGGAACGCGAGCGGUUGUUUAAUAGCAUAAUUCUUACUUCGUUGUCUAGGAACUUUUUCACUGAUUUAAGGAAGGUAUCCGUGGACAUGCCGAAGCCGCGGUUUGCUAGCUCAAUUACCCAAUCUGCAAACGAAUUUUUUUCUUUAUUUUUUAUUUAAAAAGAAAGCUUGGCGAAGGGACCUCAAUACGACGGUCAAAGGUCACUCUCCUAUUUAGUCUGACCUGCAGUGUUGAUUUCUCCAUGCUCAGUCCCUACAGACCCUACAAUAAGCCUGCUUUUCUAGCACUAAUUCCUCCUUCUUUCACAUCUCUCAAGCCCUUUGUGACAUUUUUCAGACCGUUGCAACCCCAUUCUAGCAGUCACAACUGGGGAAAGUAUGAGAAUUCCAGGUUCAACUCCGACGCUUUCGGUUAUAUAUAGAAAAUGCAGUCACGCGAAACAAGAGGCGCACACGAAAUCAAGUCGCCUCGGAAUGAGUGAAGAAAAUUUCCGUACGAAGUUGAGUAGAAUUCCAUUUUACGACUAUAUCAUAUAUCCUAAGCUUUAAUUAUAGUUAUCGCUGUGGCUAUAUGGCCAGUAACCGGUCAAGGUUUUCAAAACACUAAAUGACCGGCAGUCCGGUAUUUUCAAUAAAUUUGACGUAACUAAGAAUCCCAACCAAUCCAAACUAUCACGAUAUGUCGAUUAACAAAAGUCAAGCGAUCCUGAAAUGCUUUAUAGAUCUCAAGUCUAGCCUUUGGUUUACGCUGGGCUCAGAAAACGAAACCAUGUUUUGUGACACUUAGAACUUUUUUCAGGUUGACUGCCGGUCAAGGUUUUUAAAACACUAAAUGACUGGCAGUCCUAUAUUCUCAAUAAAUUUGACAAAUCGACAAAAUCCAUCUAAUCUAAACUAUCAAAUGUCGAUAAAGAAAACUCAAGCGAUCCUGAGACACUUUAUAUAUCUGAAGUUUAGCGUUUGGUUUACGCGGUGCUCAGAAAACGAAACCAUGUUUUGUGACACUUAAGAACUUUUUUCAGGUCGACUGCCGGUCAAGAUUGUUAAAACACUGAAUGACCGGCAGUUUACCCUGCUAGCAGAGUCGCUUCGAUCGUUCCUAGAUAAGUCGAGAAAGAGGAAAGAGGCAAGCGGAAAGAGGAAAGAGGAAGGAGGAAGGAGGAAAGAGUAAAGAGGAAAGAGGAAAGAGGAAAGAGGAAAGAGGAAAGAGGAAAGAGGAAAGAGGAAAGAGGAAAGAGGAAAGAGGAAAGAGGAAAGAGGAAGGAGGAAGGAGGAAAGAGGAAAGAGGAAAGCGGAAAGAGGACAGAGGAAAGCGGAAAGAGGAAAGAGGAAGCUGAGAAAAGCUCCAAGUGUCAUUAAACAUGGUUUCGUUUUCUGAGCCCAGCGUAAAUCAAACGCUAGACUUGAGAUCUGUAAAGCAUUUCAGGAUCGCUUGACUUUUCUUAAUCGACAUAUGAUAGUUUGGAUUGGUAGGGAUUCUUAGAUAAGAUUCUUAGAUAAGUCGAGUUUAUUUAUUUCUUAGAUAAGUCGAAAAUUAAUUUAGUGAAAAUACCAGACUGCCGGUCAUAUAGCCACAGCGUUUCAAAAUACUAAAUGACCGGCAGUCCUGUCUUUUCAGUAAAUUUCACUAAUCGAAAAAAUCUAGCUUAACCAAACUAUCAUAUGUCCAGUAAGAAAAGUCAAGCGAUCCUGAAAUGCUUAAUAGAUCUCAAGAAUAGCGUUUGGUUCACGCUGGGCUCAGAAGACAAAACUAGGGUUCGUGACACUUAGAACUUUUUUCAGCUCGACUGCCGGUCAAGGCUUUCAAACUGGCUCUAAAUGACGGCAGUCCCAUAUUCUCCAUAAAUUUCACAAAUCGAAACAAUCCAGCUAAACCAAACUAUCAUAUGUCGAUUAAGAAAAGUGCAGCGAAAUGUACUGAAUAUAGGACUGCCGGCCAUUUAGUGUUUUGAAAACCUUGACCGGCAGUCGAGCUGAAAAAAGUUGUAUUAAAGUGUCACAAAACAUGGUUUCGUCUUCUGAGCCCAGCGCAAACCAAACACUAGACUUAAGACUCUAUAAGGCAUUUCAGGAUCGCUUGACUUGUCUUAAUCGACGUAUGAUAGUUCAGAUUAGCUAGAAUCUUUCGAUUUUGUGAAAUUCACCGAGAAUAUGGCAGGGGCACCCAACGACAAUUUUCGGAAAAAUAUCUGUUCGGAAGACGAUUUGAGAUCUAGAAUUUUCGAAAUAUUUGUUGUAAAAUUUCUUGCUUGCCUGCCUCUCCUAGGAUUUUCGAACAUCUAAAAAAUGGUAAAAUUGCCCAUUUUCAGCGGAUUUUUACCCUAAAAAGGUCACCUAAAAUUUUCGGGAGCCUUUUUUCUGGCUGAAAUUUUCGAACGGGUAAGUUUUGAUCCAUAUAAUUUUCGGAUCACUAGACUUUCAGCUAGGAAAUCCGAACAGAUGAAAAAUUUAUAGGGGAUAAAAAUAUGCACAUAUCGACUGUUUAAGAGGCCCUGACUGUAAAAAUCGAGAAUCCGCCGACAGUUGCAAAAUUUCAUAAUUUAUUUUAUUCUGCCUAAAAGACCCUUUUGGUGAACUAUUUUCAAAAAUGGAAAUAAAAAGUUCCAUCGCGCUUUGCUUUUUCCGAAAAAUCCAAAAGUUCAAAUUACGCUGAGGCGGCCCCCGACCCCCCGGAAAAACAAUGAAAAAUUCUGCAACUUCGCUAACUCCGUACGCGACAACGCGUUGAAUUCCCGGUUUGCUAUUUUGGAUAUUGGUAAAAGAACCCUUUGUCUUUUAAAAAAUGUAAACUUCAUGUAAUUUUGUCAAGUUUAAGACAACAUAAAAACCCGUUGAAAUAACCCACUUUCAAUCUUUUGGGUUGAGGUGAAAUAAAGGCCAACUUUAAAGGCCUAUAAAAAUCCUAGUAUAUAAAUUUACGUGUCAUACUGUACAUCAGGUGAAAGCUUUAUCCUUGUAGGUCAUUAUCUCCAACUGACGUUUUUGGCCCGCAAAAAUUAGCGCAUCCAGUUUGAAAAUAGUUCGGGUUAUUUUGACCAAAAAUUCAAUGCAAAUUGCUGAGCGGAUGUCACGCAAGAGGUCACGGCCAAUCCUUCAGUUUGCAAAUAAUGCAUCUUUUUUCUCUCCUGAUUGAAAAUGUCAGCAAAGAGCGCCUUGAAGUACUUCAAUAACCUUUCAUUAUAUUUAACGAUCAUACAAGCACGCCACACAUCAUUUUAUUAAUCUUAGAUCUAAACGAAGAUAACGGUCGUCGAUCGCGUUGAUGCGUAGUCCAAUAAAUUGACAUAAAAUUUUAUUCACAUACACAACGAAACGUAUUACAAAGUUGAAGAGAAUAGGGUAGAUGGUUGUUACUCUUGUUUUAGAAUAACGCGAUGUAAUCCCAGGAGCUCCCUAUCUUACUCAAUUUUCACAGAACAGACUGACAAAACAAAUGAUCAAUGAAGAUGUGUGUCCUUGCAGUUCUUGCUUACCGUAAUUCGUUCAUAAAUGAUAUAGUCAAUCACUCAAAUAUUUUUCUUGCCUGUAGAAAAAAAAAAGGAAAAAAAAAAGAAACCAAUCAAGAGUAAAAGAAAAACUUACGACCUUUUUCACUAAAAAACCGCAUUCCAAAACGAAUGUCACGCAAAAGAGUUGCACAUUCCAUGACAUUCUGACAACAUCAUUGUCUAGUUGUUGUAAGGUUCUUUCUUUUUUUCAACGUUUUCAGCAGGAUUUUUCGUUUGAGAAUUCUCUUUUAACCAUGAACAACACUGUUACGAAACGGCACUAGUACCAUGCAUUGCGUCGAGUAAAAUAUUUAAUACAAACAUGUCAAAUCUGAUUUGUGUUAUAACAUCACGUGACGUAACCGUCCUACAGAGUUGGCUGGAGAACAGUAAUUGACCGGAUGGAUGUUCAGUUCCAACAAAGACUACAGGACAUAUUUAAGUCCUCCACAGCUAAAGGGGACUGUGGAAUUAGUAGCAAUGAGUCAACUUUCGUCUUAUCAACCAUCGAAACCCUUUCUUCUAUUUGGGCAUGGUAGUAAACCCCUUUCAAAGUAUACCCGGGUACAUCGGCUCUGGGAUACCCGAGACGAAGGACUUUUUUGAAAAUUUUGGAUAACCCGGACAGACUUUAAGCGACUGAAGUGAUCCAAAAGAAUUGCUAUCAAUCGAUCAUACUUGUCACUUGAAAAACCGAAAGGCCCCGAAAUACAUAUUCAUGACAAAAGGAUAUUGAAGAUAAAAUUGUGUUGAUCACUGACAGAUAUCGGCCGGGUAUUGGGGUUUGCGUAAAAACUCAGAAUAGAGGCGUAGAAAGGAGGUAGCUUAGCGUACUUGGCCGUACCCUUCCCCCAGGGGAAAAAAACGAAAAAGGCGGAGGGUACAGCUACACCUUGGCAAAGGGUAGGCUCAAGCGAGCUAUUCUCUUCCAGCGGUGACCGAUGCGAGCCAGCAAAGAGCGCUAAACCGACGCGACCGCACCCCAAUGAUUUCGCGUUUCUCUUUCUGGUGCCCCUCGCCUCUCUCCUCCGCAGAGGCUCCCGCUUUAUAUUCCAGUAAUACUAGCAGUAAUUGAAAAGAAAAAAAUGGUAAGAGUGUUGUGAACGUUCGUUCCAUCGUCUCUCGCCCGCAUUUCGUGCCUCUAGGACACAAACAUGCUUCUGCCGGAGGAGACAGGCGAGUGAGCACCAGAAAGAGACGCGAGAUGGCCGGGACGGGGUUGCCCUAGCCUGCCACUUAUGCGCUCUGUCUUGGCUCGCGUGCGUUGCUCUUCGCUCGAAGAGGUAGCUUGCUCGAUGCUAUCUCAUCCUAUUGCUUGGAAAUGAAGUUCUGGGGGUGGAUAGAAAACGACCACAUCAGCCCUACUGACCCAAAAACGAAAAUCAACUCGAAACGGCUAUCCUGAUCUUACUGAUCUACAAAUGUAGGGAACAUCAAGAUCUUCAAUUAUCAAUGAAUCUGAUCAAUUUCUUCAUUUUCUUCAAAACCCCACCUAAAGUAAAAAAGGAAGACCCCGUCAAAAUCCCUUUCAAAUCGCUGGAAGCUCGCAUGAAAUGGGACUCUCGACUGAAGCAAAAGCAAGAUACAACAAGGUAUGCAAUUAACAAGAAAAAUAGACACAAUUCACAUGUUGCCAGGGUCCCUGCCUCCAGUUCCGUAAAAGGGGCUGUAAGAUAUAUCUUUGGAGUCUCUAUUCUCCCACUUUUAUCACGGUCUAUCUUUAUGUUAAAAAAAACCGUUUACAAAGGCACAAACACAAUUUACAUGUUGUCACACAUAUAUCAAGUUAGUGCUUUUUAGAAGCGGGCGUUCGUUUUUUUCGGUGCUUUUUUUAAUAUUAUUAUUAUUAGAAGACGAAGACCCGCAAAACGUUCGUAGCGGGCGGCGAGGAAAGAAGAAAUGGCUGUCAUUCAGAUUCAUUGAUAAUUGGAGAUCUUACACGUAUCAUGCCGUUUAGAGCUGAGUCCAAGUAACUUUGACUUUUACUUUCGGUGGGGUCUUGUAGAAAAUCGGAAAGCCUGGUCAAAUUCAUUGACCAAUACUAGAAUCUUUUUUUUCUUGUUCGUCUCGGGUCGAGAUAGCCAUUUCGAGAUGUUUUCAGGACCGGAUUUUGAGGAGAGUUACCCGAACAUCUGGUCCUUGCUGUUCUGCAGACAAAUCCGUUCUCUUUGGUUGCGUCACGUGAAGUUAUAUUAUCACGCAAAUCAAAUUUGACAUGUUUGUAAUAAUUUACUCGACGCGAUGGUACAAGUGCCUUAUGGUAACUGUUUUUCAUGGUUCAAAAAGAAUUCUCAAACCUUGAGAGAAGAAAGAACCUUACAACAGCCCAUGGUGAACAACGAGACGAUAAUGUUGUCAGAAAGGGCUACUCCUUUGCGUGACAUUCGUUUUGGAAUACGGUUUUCGGUGAAAAACGUCGUGAGUUUUUCUUUUAGUCUCUUUUUCUUCAUUUCUUUUCUUCUACAGGCAAGAAAACGACGUAAGCAAUUGGCAUUAUCAGCAGUUUAAAAUGUAUGAAAGAAUUACGGUAAGCAAAAACUGUAAGGACGCACAUCUCCAUUGAUCAUUUUGUUUUGUGAGUCUGUUUUGUUGACCUUUUCGGUGAAAAAUUGAGUAAGAUAGGGAGCUCCUGGGACUACAUCGCGUUAUUCUAAAACAAGAGUAACAACAGUAAGUCUACCCUAUUCUCCUCAACUUUGUAAUAAGUUUCGUUGUGUAUGUGAAUCAAUUUAUGUCAAUUUAUUGGACUACGCAUCAACGCGAUCGACGACCGUUAUCGUUCCGUUAGAUCUAGGAUUUAUAAAAUGAUGUGUGGCGUGCUUGUAUGGUCGUUAAAUAUAAUGAAAGGUCAUUAAAGUACUUCAAGGCGCUCUUUGCUGACAUUUUCAACUAGAAGAGAAAAAAGAUGCAUUAUUAUAUCUGCCAACUCUCACGCCUGCGGGUUGAAAACUUCGAUCUCACGCCGGCUCACGCUUGCGGGCCAAUUUCUCACGCCUGAUUGAAAAAUGUGAGUUGUUGCCGUCUUGCUUGACAUAAUUUCCAAAAAUAUGUUAACUCAGACCCAUGUAAGGAAUGAAAACCAUGUGUAAAAUGAAUAAAUGACAAUAUCUUCCUCGCGAUCGAACUAUAGCGCUGAUGUUAUCAACUAACGUCGGUCCUUGUGGAUAAGCGUUUUCUCGAUAACUUCGAAUUCGGCAGACUUCGGACGUCUUCGGAAGAUUUCGGACUUCUUCGGGGAUCUUCGGAAAUGAUCGUGUCGUCUUCAAAAGUCCCAGCACUCCCAGGAUAAAAAAUCUCACGCUUAUAUCUCAGAAAAAGUUGGCAGGUAUAGACCGAAUGCAAAUAUGGCGGAUCUCUCGGUCGGCCCGGGUCUAGUUGCGCGAAAGCGAGGCUAGUGAGGCCUCGAUAGUUUUGUUUUGACUGCGCGUCUUAGCGAUUCAGUCGAUGAAUAUGGUUUCCUUUGAGUUGUUACGUGCUUAAGAGCCAUCAAAUAGGAGAUUUAACUCCAGCAGAGACGAAAGUUGAUUAUCUUCGCUUCGCCAAAGUUCUUUACGAAGAAAGAAAUGGAUUCAAGCGAUUCGGCGCGGCGAAUGGAGGCACUCUACUAUCACGGAGUUAUUUUUUAAAAGAACGAAAGUGCUCGCUUCACUUAAGAAGAGAAGACUCACGAACCUAUUAGAAUGGGUGAAUAACUGAAAGAUUCAUGGUUCUGCUUCAAGUUUGCUUUGUCCGUUUUCUUACCAAGGAAAGGUAAAUAUCCUCGAGAACGAGUGAAUCCGCCGUCGCGACUUACCAAUCUUUAGGCGCUCUCAGGGACACAACGGCAAACAAGGGCGAAUGUUUUUUCACAGUCUUCACGAUCCUGUGUUCAAGAGUUUGAGCAGUGCCAUAAAGGAAGCAAUUUUUGGAAAAUCGCUGUUAGUUUAUCUCGAAACCACUCGACAAGUUGCUAAAAUAGAUCACGCGCAAGGUCAAAUACAAUGCUCGAAUACUUGCACGCUCUUUUUCUUCCAGAACCUUUUUUCUUCUUCUUACUUUCUUAGUUAGCAACGGUUCCUCCGUUAGUUUUUUCAGUGCAUUUUGUUCAAGGACUGUUCUUGAAAUAUGUCGCUUUCUUCUGGUUCUUACAUAGUUUCACAGGCCACGCUUGUAGGAUUAACAGGCGAUUGUUAUUGUUGUUGUUAUAUUUCAAUGCAGCUGUUUUCAGCGUGAAAUCUAAAAGAUCUUACGGUCGACCGCGGAUGCUCCCAUUCUCGAAAAUGUUUACUUUUUGUUGGAUAAAUAACAGACCAUGCAAACAUCUUGGAACAGCACCAUCUCUUUUGAAAAUUAUUUCAUUCAAAUACUUUCGUGAGUCAUCUCAUCUAAAGCAAGUGAGCGAGCACAGUUUCGCUGUAAAGUGCUUCCCAUCGCCGCGCCGAAUCGCAUGAAUCCUUAAGUUUCUUUGUGAAAAGAUCUCGGGAAAGUAAAGGCUAUUCCAGCUAGAGGAAAAUCUUCUUUUUGCUGGCCUCAGGCAUGCAACAACUCGAUGCAAACCAUAUCGAUCGACUCAAUCGCUAAGACGAGCAGUCAAAACAAAACUCUCGAGGCCUAACUAGCCUCGCUUUCGCGCAACUAGACCCGGGCCGACCGAGAGGUCCGCCAUAUUUGCAUUCGGUGCAAACUGAAAGAUUGGCCGUGACCUCUUGCGUGACAUCCGCUCAGCAAUUUGCAUUGGAUUUUUGGUCAAAAUAGCCCGAACUAUUUUCAAACUGGAUGCGCUAAUUUUUGCGGGCCAAAAACGUCAGUUGGAGAUAAUGACCUACAAGGAUAAAGCUUUCACCUGAUGUACAAUAUGACACGUAAAUUUAUAUACUAGGAUUUUUAUAGGCCUUUAAAGUUGGCCUUUAUUUCACCUCAACCCAAAAGAUUGAAAGUGGGUUAUUUCAACGGGUUUUUAUGUUGUCUUAAACUUGACAAAAUUACAUGAAGUUUACAUUUUUUAAAAGACAAAGGGUUCUUUUACCAAUAUCCAAAAUAGCAAACCGGGAAUUCAACGCGUUGUCGCGUACGGAGUUAGCGAAGUUGCAGAAUUUUUCAUUGUUUUUCCGGGGGGUCGGGGGCCGCCUCAGCGUAAUUUGAACUUUUGGAUUUUUCGGAAAAAGCAAAGCGCGAUGGAACUUUUUAUUUCCAUUUUUGAAAAUAGUUCACCAAAAGGGUCUUUCAGGCAGAAUAAAAUAAAUUAUGAAAUUUUGCAACUGUCGGCGGAUUCUCGAUUUUUACAGUCAGGGCCUCUUAAAUACUAAAACACGUUUAACAAUGCUAUGUUUAAGUAAUUUUGAACUAUAUUCUCGUUGGGUGCCCGUGAUAUGGGACUGCCGGUCAUUUAGUAUUUUUAACACCUUGACCGGUUACCGGCCAUAUAGCCACAGCGUAUAGAGUAUAGAUAUGAAAUAAAUCUUAUCCGGAUAAUGUACACGGCUAAUUCAUCGAUUCUGUACAGCAAAGAAAAAACUGUCCGGAUACUGGGCACCUGACAUCAAUACUGGGCUCCGUUAUUCCAAACAAAUCGAAUUUCCAGAAGAAUUAAUAAACUUUCUGAGAACCUGACUUCUUUAAGUAUCUUCACGUUAAAUAUAAAACCGUUUCUUUGAAAAUAUGACAUAUUACCAACCUUUUUGUGAGCAGCACUAAUUUUACUGCGCAGUAUAUUAGCCAUGAAAUGUUUAUUCACCUGAACAGAACGGCGUCUUCUGCGACUGUUUUGCAAGCUUUCAACUCGCCAAAACCUUCAUCUUAAAGCCGAAAUGUUCAGCUUUCAUUCGAAAUACUUCGUUUACCGAUAACUGAAAAGGGCGCCUCAAAAAUUAAGUUUUUGUUUGAAGUGUCCGGAUACAGGUACCGUCCGGAUACUGGGCAACAUACUGGGCGCUUUCCAUUUAGUCAAAAUUUCCGGAAUUUCCGGUUCGGCGGUAAAUGGAACACGUUUCGUCGGUUCGUCCCACUGGAAAAUUCCCAGAAAAAGUGGAAAAUCUAAAAAGGUGGUCCCGUUUUCCCGGUUGGAAUUUCCGAACGGAAUGUCGUGUUCCAUUGACGUUUCUUGUAGUUUGUACCAGUUCCAGGUCCACGGUCGGGCACUCGGCCACGUACCGGGGUUUACGACCAAAUGGAACAACUUUUUACCGAUCGGAAAUUCCACUUUUGCUACCACCGAAAUUUCCGGGUUUUUUUCGUAAAUGGAAAGCGCCCACUGUAGUCAAAAUGCCGCGCGUAUCAAACGCUUUUGACAGCUGUUUUGAAGAUUACACAUCGUUAUAAAGCCAUUAAAUAAAAAAUAAACAUAACAAAUUCUUUAUUACGUUGAAGCGUAUUAGGGUCAAGUCGCACUAGAGGGCAAUUUUACAUUUGUUCUGGACAAAUUCGACUUGAAAUCGGCCAGUGACAAAAAAUUUGUCCGGAAAGCUACAGUCGCACUUAAGAACAAAAUCUGAACAAAACACAACACCAUGCUGUGAGCGCCUUGUGAUUUCAGCCCACAGUUCAACUAAAAGCUUCUCCUCUUCUUUACUCCAUCUGUCCUGAGCCUUCUUGUUCUCGGCUGACGAAGAUGCACGACGCGAAGAAGAUGGGGUUGAUGCCGGCAUUGAGCUAUCUUCGCUGAACUGGAGGGAUUCUGGCAACGAGUCAGUACUUGUGGUCUAAGGAAAUGGGCUGGGAUUUCCUCGAUCAUUAAACAUGUAGGGGCCUGCCAAAGGAUAGAUCCAUCCUGGUGGAUAUUGUGGAUAUUCGUACGGAAAAAAUUGGUCGCCCGCGCCUGGAUUCAUGUUGUUGCGAAAUGUGAACGUGAUUAAUUUUACAACGAAGUUUAUAGCAUAGAGACUCUGCUACAUAUCACCUGUCAAAUCAUUUCCGAAUUAAAACACACUCGCUAUUGUUUUCCAAAAUUCGUCUCAAUUUGGCCUGCUCCAGAGGUAGUCGACGGCAUCUUUGAAGUUUGUCCGUCUGCGACCAAAUUUUGUCCUUUGGUGAACAAACCGGUCGCACUUGGUUUUUCAUUGUGAUGACAGAUUUUGACAUAAAUAAACAGUUUUGUCCUCUAGUGCGACUUGGCCCUAACUUUAUUAAGGGACGGACCAUUAGAAAAGUUAUGGGGGGGGAGGGGAAUUUUUGAGCCGCAGGAAUUUUUUUUCGUUAUCAAAUUCCUUGUAUGAAUUUUUUUUAGGCCUUAGCAUGAAUAUUUUUUAGGGUUAAUUGGCGUGCAUGAAUUUUUUUUCAUUCAAUUUUGCCUUGCGCGAAUAUUUUUUUUGUACUUCGCCCGCCCCCCCCCCAUAAGUUUUCUAAUGGUCCGUCCCUAAUCUUAAUUUAAACAUUCGACUUUGGCGCUUGUCAAAAGUGAGAACCGGCUAGCCGUAUAGGUGAUUUUGGAAAUUUUUUUAACGGUUUCGCUAAAAGCACAGGCGUGCUUGGAUCGUCCUGAAUAUUGAAUGAGUGCAGUUUCUUCUGCAAAAUUAUGAAAUACUGCAUUCUGUCCGAGGUCUGUAUGAUAAAAACAGCGCCUCAUGGUACUGUUUCACCUCAGAUGUGAUGUAUAAAAAGUAUAAAAGAUUGCAUGGUUUACACGUCUCAGACUUGUUGACAAGAUUUUGUAAAGUAAACUUGUCGAACGCAAAAAAUUCGGCCUGAUUUGUUUUCCAGGCCUAAUCUACUGUGAUCAAGAGCCAUUAUGGCUCUUAAAUGUGAUCGAAGAUGAUUGCUUUCUUUUAGGUGUACAUAUAAGGCUAUCAACUCGAUCUAAGAUUAAGUUCACUCUGCUUAGAUGGACUGUUUGCAAAUUAUUUUUCUCUAAAAUCACUUAGCCUUUCCCUCAAAAGUCACAUGAAUGUGCUCUAAAGUUCACUGAUUUUUGGAAUACAAGUUUAUUGUUUGAUUUAAAUUGUCAAUUCGAGUUAAUAGGAGCUUCGCUUUUAGCCCUGGCUAAAUCUAUAUAUUAGGAUUAUAUAAGAGUAGAAAAUAUUGAUACAGCGUUAAGCACUCCUUUGAAAAUUUUGUUCCGUCUUCCAUUUCCGGCACAAUUUUUUUUGUUGAUGCAAAAAAGUUGCUUUAGUAAAAAGGAAAAUAUUACUGAGCAGGGGUGCCCCUGGCUAAGUCGACCGGGAGCGAAAUGACCGGUGGCCAAAGUGUCUAUUUUAAAAAUUUAGUUUCAAAAGCAAAUUUUUGAUGAUAAAUUUACUCUGCUAUAUGAAUCUGACACUCUACCACUAAUACAUUUUACUAAUGGCAACAUUUUGCAUUGUGUUUGUUAUUAAAUAUUAAUCAAUAUCAAAUUGUCACCAUAAAAACACUGUUUAAGACGAAUUCCGUUAUCGGGGACACCCCUUACUACUCGUGAACGCGUCAACCAUUUUGGGAAAAAAGGUUCAAGAUACUCACUACCGCCGCCACGACUCGGCGUAGAAACUGGUGAGAAUUCGUUUUGUUCCUUUAAUUUUAUCGUUGCUAUUUUUAAUGGUUCGAUUUUUCAACGGUUCUUUUCUAAGCCGAUCGUAGGGGUAUUUUGUUGGAGUUUUCUCCAGUGUAUUUACUUCAUGGUUUGCCCGGUAUAGCCUUUUUCCGUUAGUUUUGUAAAGUGUAAGGCCUCCUUUCUUGUUGCAUCCCCAGCUAGUUUACGAAAGUAUUCCAGUUUCGCGAUCGUAAAAACUAUAAAUGGAGAAAAGUCUGAAAAAAGAAUUAAAAAAACAAGGGAAAAAAUGUACAAUGAAAAGAAAACUAUUUUAAAAGGGGCAAGAGGAGAAAAAAUAAUCGAGUGACGUUGGCAUAUGACAAAGAUAAUAACAAGAAAUUCAUUAGGAAACUGAGUAAUUUUAAAUUUUAGUGGACAAAAACCUUACCCUUGUACCAGAGUAUUUUAAGCCCGAGUAAUAAAUGUAAUAAGUUAUAUGAAAUAACUUCAAAGAAAAGAUUCUCAUGGGAGCAAGAGAAAAUAGAUUUCAAAUUUCAUAGGAAUUGAGAAAACGCAGCUAAAAUCGUCAUGCAUAAGAUUUCAUUAAAUGGCUUCCAUAUACAUUUACUAUGCACCGAACUGCAUUUGCAGUUAGAAUUUUUUUAAUUCCGCAGUUCAUUUUUCAUAUAUGUAUAAGGAACAUUAAGCCUCCGUCUCAGACUGCUUCGCCGGGCUUAAUUGUUAUAUCAUCUUCUCCCAAGAACGACGUUCGCAAGGGAGGAAGCUAGUCGUGACGAAGCGCUUAGAACGACUGAGCAGAGGGCAUGGAACAUUUAAUUAUUACCUUUCAAAUUCCACUUUCAUUCUUUAUCGAGUCUUUUCGACUCUUUGCGCGCGAAGGCAUCUGCGUGGAUACUUGAAAACAAAAAAAGCAUUUCUUUGACUGAAAAAUUAAUGUCUAGAUGAAGGACUGUUUUUAUUUAAGCCUCAUAAAAUAAUAAAGCGCCAAUUUCAGAAAAGAGUGACAAUAUAGUUUUGAAAGUCUUCGCCCUUCGAGGGCCACAUUUUGAUGUUUUAUUUUAAGCUGGGCGCUUAGUGCAGAAAACUGUCGGUUCAUAAGCCAAAAAUAAUCCACAAAAUUCUAAAAAUGAGCCUAUUUAAAAUUCCAGUUCACAACUUUCCUGUUUGUACUUUUUUUUUUUUGUAUUUUAAUACAUUUUCUGAAGGGUAUAAUUGUAAGAGGAUCGAGCAUUAAACGAUAUUUCUUAUGGUGAAAUGAUGGUCUGUUGCGGGGAUUACGCUGGAUUUGGAAAUCGGUUUUGGCAAGAUGAGGAGCUCUAAAACUGUCUUUUUUUAUUAAAUAUUUAUAUACAUAAAUAACUGAUUAUUUGGUAGUGUCUCUGUGAAAGGAAUUUUUAAAGGCGGCCAUUUGAAAAAUUUUAAGUUCAUUUUAAUUGGCCAUAUGCAUGUCGUUGGUUAAAUUACCCUCCAGCUUACAUCUGAAUUUAGCGACAUGUCGUGGGCUGAUGACAUUUACGUUCUAGCUUCCAUUAGCGGGCCGUGGGCCGAGUAACUAUGCCAUUUAACAGUAUCGGUAACAGAAUUAAAACUUGAUGUGUGACUUUCCUAUCGAAUCUAAAUUAUUGCAUGAGUACUGUUUUCUAGAAGUAUUUUAAAGCGGAAGAGGAAUUCGGCGCUUGAUGGGCAAAACCUUGCACGCUACUGCGAAAAUUGCAACUCUGUGGAAAUGAACUUGUAAAACUCUAGUCUCAGAAACGUGCAUGGUAACAGAACUCUCAUCUGAAUGCAAUUGAUUUCCUUUUUGACUCUUCUUGUCAAGGUUUCUUUUGUUUUCGCUUUCGCCAACCAAGAUUAAUAAUUAUCACACCGAAAAAACAUUAGCUUAAGUUUCUAAAUAAUACGGAGUUAAGGUGUUUCGAUAUAGUUUUUCAGAGGCCAUACCGAUAUUUUUCAAUCGCUUUAAAAGUGAUUUUAUCCUUGUCUGAUCGCUAUAAAAUUUUCACCAAUGAUUGACUAAAGAUUGAAAUUGGUCAAAAUGUAGGCUUGAGUAAAAUCGACAUUACUAUGACAAAAACAUACAAAAUACUAUGAAACUGAUACACGCCUAAUUUCGCGCGAUCCAGACCAGCUACUGAAAAUCCAACACUAGGAACUUAAAGUUUCGUGUUUGACAAAUGACCUCCGUAAGAAGUAAAAAAUUCUGUAUGUUUGAAUUCGACUAAAACGAAACAUAUUUCAAACCUUAAAUUUUCAGUAGCCGUGAUAGAUUAUGUAAUCUGCUGAUUGAUUCUUAAGUAGUGUCAGAAUGCUGCUUAAUAUCAUAUUUCGAUGCUAGGAAAUUUUGUCGUAUUUCGUUCUUUUUGACGUUAUGUUAAUUUUUCCAAAUUAAUGCGGACACCAACGCCUGUAUAGACCAGGAUCGGACAUUUGCAACUCUCCGCUAAUGCAUCACAUUUUUUGAAACAUUUGUAACCCUUUUCGAGAUACUAAGACUACGGUCUGUAAAAGACGUCAACAAACGACGACAAAUUUUUCGGUUUCUUUCCCACUUUCCCAUUUUCGAUGUGGUUUUUGUUUUGUUUUGUUAUUGUUUUAAUUAGCUAGAAAAAUGACGCAAAUUCACUUCAUGUUGUCGCCGUCGUGGUUGUUAAUUUGUCUAUUAGAAGCUCCUGAUGGUAUUAUAUGCCGUUUUUUGGUUAGGUUUUGUCACAGGUGCCUCAGAGAUUAAUUGGGAAGGCUUACACACUCUAAGCAAGAAAGAAAAAACAAACCGAUCAAUGAGCCAAAAUUAAAGAAAACGCAAACAAAUUAAAGUGUGAGGAAAGCUUAAAAUUUUCUUUUAAUGCUGUAACUUUAAAAAAUGCCUCAUUUAUUUUAAGUCAAUUUCAAAAUAAUGUUUUAAAUGCAACAGAAUCCAGGAGCUUCCGAUAUUUUUCGUAGCUUAUGGCGCAAUAAUUUGCCUGGUAUGAAGGUCUCAAUGGGGUUUACCGUCAGCCGUCAAACGGCCUAACAGUUCACCGUCAACCGUCAAAAAUGCAGGUUAAGAUUAACCGUCAAAAAGUUUCAAAGUGUUUCAAAUCUCACAAUUUCUGCUGAUCUUCACGGAAUUCCAACUCCUAAAGAAUUUCUAAACUGGGAAAACCAGUUCUGCAUGCUCAAAAUCACUCUUUCUAGAUAGUACUGUAGAAAUAGCGACCUGAUUUUGCAGGGCGCUAUGAUUCACGCUCGAUCCACGCUGCACGUGCAAACAUUUAUAAAUCUUGGCGGGACGAGGUCAAGCCUCUCUUUCCGAGAAAUGACAGGAAUAAAAGCCUGUUUCUAAGUGUGAGUCUCAUUUUUUGUGACGCAGUGACUACUUGACAUACAAGCAGUUCAUGUGGCUUUAAUUUCAGCUCUAAGCAUGGGUUCAAGUUGUUCAAUCCUGAACGAUACUUCACACGACGUAUGGAUCACUCACGGAAUCAACUGGACUGUUCUCCUGGCAACAGUUGGUGGCGUCGGUGUGUUGGCUACUGGAGGAGCUGCUCUCGCAGCAGCCGGUGCUGCCGCAGGAGUUGGAGGUGCGCUUCUCGGUGGAGGAGCAAUGAUCAUGGCCGAGGGAGGUAUUAUCAUGGGAAUAGCACCAGCCACAAUAGCCGGUUUGACUGCCACUGGAUGGACGGUAGUGGGCGCAGUCACUAACUUAGCCACCGGAACUCUGGCUUUGACUUUGAACAUCACAAAACCACAAGCAGAAGCACUUAAAGCUAAAGUAACGGAGUUCCAGGAAAACUCAGAGCUAAUCAGGCCUGGUGAGAAGUACACAUGGACAGGCACUUUGUCUUUAACAAAGACAGUGUAUGUCAUGAAUGACAAGCUUCAGAGUGAUAACUUAGCUUGUUUCACGGGUCCAACAGCUGGUUCUGAGAAUGUGUAUCCAAUAUCAGAAUACUUUAAAAAUUUAGAUGUCAAGUAAAGACCCCACGACAUGAACGAUAUUACUUUUGUAAGCACGGCUUCAUGGAAAAUUUUAAAACUAUAACCAGUCAUUUUUAUUAACAGUUACUGUUCUGUUGCCCUUUACAAACGUUUGUAUGGUAGACAUUUAUUGUUUCUAUUAGGAACGUUUUUUAAACAGGAUUUUUUUAAAUCAUUUUAUUUUCAUACACUUGUGAGGUGGCUUUAUUCGAUAUGUA